CCACCUGCCGCUUGUUCACGUCCCACACCCCUCCUCUCUCGCUCACACUCAGUCUAUUCUCCGGGAUCCGACCCCAAAAGUUUCUUCUGCCAACCUAGAUACAGACUCAUAUCAUUACUUUCCAACCCGCCCAGAAGACCUUCUUAACCCGCCUGUUCCUCCCUCCUCCUCUCUUCACAAUGUCCUCCGAACAACUCCCCCUCUCAAACGACGCCUCUGCGGCUACAAUCAACCCUUUGGCCGCCCAUCCCGUCCACCCUCAAGAUGCCCAGGGACGACAGCCCGCCGCCGCCUCCGCCGCCCCCUCCGAACUCGCCAGUGGGAAGGUGAAGCUCACGGGCGCUCUGCGUCACUUUGCCGAUUUCCCCAUCAAGGGCAUCGACUUUGUCGACAUCAUGCCCCUCUUCCUCGACCCCACCGUUCACCAGACUCUCGGCGACGCCCUUGAGUUGCAGGUCAAGGAGGGUUUCCCGACUCUUCCCGACGUGAUUGUCGGUCUCGACGCCCGUGGUUUCCUUUUCGGCCCCGGCAUGGCUCUCCGUCUCGGCACCGGCUUCGCUCCUGUGCGCAAGCAGGGCAAGCUGCCCGGCCCGUGCGUUACCGCCGAGUACCAGAAGGAGUACGGCUCCGACUUCUUCCAGAUGCAGCAGGAUGCUAUCAAGCCUGGCCAGAAGGUUCUGGUCGUCGACGACAUCAUUGCUACUGGUUAGUUGCAUGUUCUGUGCUGCAAUGCGCACCUUUCCUCCAACGAUGCAUUCCACAGGUCCACUAACACGAAGCAGGUGGUUCCGCGAAGGCUGCGGC